CAAUCAAUUUCUAUCGAUUCCCCUUCUCACCAUUGAUCUACUGCAAAGUUCUCUCUCAACCCUCCCUCAGCAGCUCAGCUAGGAGAUCGAACUGAUCAGUUGGGGAUUGAUCAUAUAUAGCACUCAUGUCCGCAAAUCAUAGAAGUGGUAGAGAUCAUACAGUUAUCGAUAUUCUCGAUGGCAGCGAGAAAAGCACGAAUUGCAUCUUCAGAGUUCCUAACGUGCUCUGGAGACAAAAUCCAAAAGCAUAUACACCUGAUGUUGUUUCAAUCGGACCUUUUCAUCAUUAUGUAGAAAAGCGAUGGAAGAAGGAAGGUCAAGGAGGCAAGAAAGGCAAUGGCGAAAAAUAUUUCCAACUCAUGGAACGAGUGAAAACUCGCUAUUUGAAUGAAAUUCUCGCAGGUACGAAGAUUAAAAAUUUGGAAGAGUUGACUGCAGAAGUCAUUAAGCUCUCAGAUCAAAAGAAUGAAGGCGAAUUUGAGCAACGCGCGCGCGAUUUUUAUGCAGAACCACUUGAUCAUAUUUCCUCUGAAGAGUUCAUCAAGAUGAUGAUAGUUGACGGUUGCUUCCUAAUUCAACUGUUUCGGAAGUGUGACGAUCCGAAACUCAGGGCCUUAUAUGACCCGGUGUUCAACAUGGACUGUAUGUUUCAUUUCCUAUGCCAUGACAUUUUGCUCCUAGAAAAUCAACUACCUUGGUUUGUUAUCCACAUUUUGUGUGACCUUACCCAUGAUAUAUACCGUGAUGAAGCUUCCCUCUCUAUUCUCAUCAUGAAAGCGCUCAGCAUACUACCAUCACUGAAGCAAAGUUGCUCAUCUUAUAGUAAGCAUCUCCGCCGAAACAAUUGUUAUUUUGAUGCUGAUUAUCUGCACAUACUUGAUCUGAUAAGAAGUUCCAUAGUCAUUCCAUUAAGGACCAUAGAAGAGAGACCGCAUAAAGCAACUGAAAACUCUGAAAAAGAAGAAGCUGUGCUUGACCCAGAUCUAUAUCAAAUUAGGACUGCAACAGCUCUCUCAAACGUAGGCAUUAAAUUCAAAAGCGUCAAAAAGGAGAGCAUAAUGGACAUCAGAUUCAAUCCUUUAAGGAAAGGGAUUCUUGAGAUUCCACCGCUAAACGUUGGAAUGUCAUCGGAAACAUUAUUCAGAAACCUCAUCGCAAUUGAGCAAUGCUACCAUGGUUAUUCAAACGAGAUAACAUCUUAUGCCAUCUUUAUGGAUAACCUCAUCUGCUCAAAGGAAGAUAUGGAAUUACUUUGCAAGCAAAAAAUAAUUGGUAACUUGAUGAGUGACGAAGAUGGAUGUAAGUUCUUCAACAACCUCUACAAGGACAUCCCGCACAACAAGUUCUACUAUGUUGAGCUGUGCAAACAAGUCAAUAAAUUUUACCGGGGGAAAGUCAGGCUGAUAGGAGAGGAUACAAGACACAAGUUGAAAUAUCUUUAUGAUCCCUGGAAAGUGUUUUAUGUGAUUGUUGGCUUUUUACUUCUGCAGAUAGUUCCCACCAUACUGCAGACCGCAUUUACCAUUAAGCAACAAUAUAAUCCUAGUCCUUAG